GCGGCCGGAGGGACGAUGAGCGGCGCGGCGCGGGCGGGCCCGGCCCGGCUCGCCGCGCUCGCUCUGCUGACCUGCAGCCUGUGGCCGGCGCGGGCGGACAACGCGAGCCAGGAGUACUACACGGCGCUCAUCAACGUGACGGUGCAGGAGCCCGGCCGCGGCGCCCCGCUCACGUUCCGCAUCGACCGCGGGCGCUACGGGCUCGACUCGCCCAAGGCCGAGGUCCGCGGCCAGGUGCUGGCACCGCUGCCCAUCCACGGAGUUGCUGAUCAUCUGGGCUGUGAUCCUCAAACACGGUUCUUUGUCCCUCCUAAUAUCAAACAGUGGAUUGCCUUGCUGCAGAGGGGAAAUUGCACAUUUAAAGAGAAAAUAUCACGGGCUGCUUUCCACAAUGCAGUGGCCGUGGUCAUCUACAAUAAUAAAUCCAAAGAGGAGCCUGUUACCAUGACUCAUCCAGGCACUGGAGAUAUUAUUGCUGUCAUGAUUACAGAAUUGAGGGGUAAGGAUAUUUUGAGUUAUCUGGAGAAAAACAUCUCUGUACAAAUGACAAUAGCUGUUGGAACACGAAUGCCGCCAAAGAACUUCAGCCGUGGCUCUCUAGUCUUCGUGUCAAUAUCCUUUAUUGUUUUGAUGAUUAUUUCUUCAGCAUGGCUCAUAUUCUACUUCAUUCAGAAGAUCAGGUACACGAAUGCACGCGACAGGAACCAGCGUCGUCUUGGAGAUGCCGCUAAGAAAGCCAUCAGCAAAUUGACAACAAGAACAGUAAAAAAGGGUGACAAGGAAACAGACCCAGACUUUGAUCACUGCGCAGUCUGCAUUGAGAGCUAUAAGCAGAAUGAUGUUGUCCGGAUUCUCCCCUGCAAGCAUGUUUUCCACAAAUCCUGCGUGGAUCCCUGGCUUAGUGAACACUGUACCUGUCCAAUGUGCAAACUUAAUAUUUUGAAGGCCCUGGGAAUUGUGCCAAAUUUGCCAUGUACUGAUAACGUAGCAUUUGAUAUGGAAAGGCUCACCAGAACCCAAGCAGUUAACCGAAGAUCAGCCCUAGGUGACCUCGCCAGUGACAACUCCCUUGGCCUGGAGCCACUUCGAACUUCGGGGAUCUCGCCUCUUCCUCAGGAUGGGGAGCUCACUCCUAGAACGGGAGAGAUCAACAUUGCAGUAACAAAAGAAUGGUUUAUUAUUGCCAGUUUUGGCCUCCUCAGUGCUCUCACACUCUGCUACAUGAUCAUCAGAGCCACAGCUAGCUUGAAUGCUAAUGAGGUAGAGUGGUUUUGAAGAAGAAAAAAAAAAAAACUGCUUUCUGACUGAUUGCCUUGAAGGAAAAAAGAACCUAUUUUUGUGCAUCAUUUACCAAUCAUGCCACACAAGCGUUUAUUUUUAGUACAUUUUAUUUUUUCAUAAAAUUGCUAAUGCCAAAGCUUUGUAUUAAAAUAAAUAAGUAAUAAAA